CAGCAGUGCGCAGUGCGCCUGUAUCACGACGACCAUCACGUUCUUCUUGUACGACCCCAUUUAUCCGUCCAAUGGCAUACCAUCCCAAGGCCGUUCCUCUCGUCGCACCCGGCCAUACGCGUCCCGUCACGCAUCUUUCCUUCUCUCCCCUCCAAGACGAUGGCACAUUCGUGCUCAUUUCCAGCUGCAAAGACGGGAACCCGAUGCUGCGCGAAUGGACGGGUGACUGGAUAGGCACCUUCAUCGGGCACAAGGGUGCCGUGUGGUGCAGCAAGCUGUCUCCGGACACGUCGCGCGCGGCUUCUGGCAGCGCGGACUUCACAGCCAAAAUAUGGGACACGUACUCUGGCGAGGUCCUCCACUCGUUCCCUCAUAAUCACAUCGUCCGGAGCGUCGCGGUGUCCCAGAGCACCUCGCACCUGAUCACGGGCGGGCAGGAGAAGAAAGUGCGCAUGUUCGAUCUCAGCCGCCCGGACGCCGAGCCGGACGUCUUCAGCGACAAUGGCAGCGGGAUCGCGCACGAUGGCACCGUGAAGAGCGUCGUGUGGGUCGGCGACCACACGGGCGUGACGGCAGGGGAAGACGGGCUGAUCAAGUGGUGGGAUCUGCGCACGCGACAGCUGACGACGAGCCUCACGUUCCCGGGGCCGAUUACCUCCAUGGAGCUGUCCCCGCAGACGAACCGGCUAGUGGUGACGUCGGGCAAGACCGUGUCGUUCAUCCCUGCGCUGCUCUCCGGCGGGCAGACACACAGCCUGACGCUGCCGUACGCGCCGUCGUCCGCGUCUAUCCACCCGAUCCUCCAGGACCGGUUCGUCACGGGCAGUCUGAGCGACGAGUGGGUGAGAGUACAUGACGUGACAGGAGAGGAAAGGGACGUCUUGAAGGGUCAUCAUGGACCGGUCCACUGUGUGGAAUUCAGUCCCGAUGGCGAAAUGUUUGCCAGCGGUAGUGAGGAUGGUACAAUCCGUUUGUGGCAAACCACACCGGGGAAGAGCUACGGUCUCUGGCAGGGCAACCAAAAUGGCGGUCCAUAGCCUAUGUGAGGCUCACGACACGCAUACCUUACAUCGUCCUGGAAUCUUCCGAUCGUAUAACAGGAUCUCUCGGUUACCAGCAUCUCAUCCUAGCAUCAAUAAUGGGGCUUGUAUUAAGAAUAGUGUCGCGCGCAUCGCUGUCAUGAAUCAUAUCUAUUCACUCCUUCUAGACAUCA